AUGGCUGGCAAUCUAUCUAUGAUUCUUCCCGAGCCGCAACGGGUACCAGGCUCUCUUGGUGACCUCAUAUUUGGUCGCAAUGCAUUCUGGUUCUCUUCUUCGUCGCUCACAUCCCUUCGACAACCACCCCAAGUCCAUCAACUCAUGAAGUUCAUGAUCGCAUACACCGUGGCUUUGCUGUCGUAUAGCAGCCUAUCCAGUGCCUUAAGACAUGAGAAAAGACAAAACUCCAAUGCCACGAAUGCCUCGCCAAAGAUCAUAAUAGACAACGACUGGGGAGCUCCCGAUUUCUACCUCAUCCUGAUGGCUCUAGCUUUAGACUACGAGGUUCUUGGGCUCACGAGCAAUUCUGCCAAUACCUGGGCACUUCAGUCAAGCUUGCAUGCACUACGCGGACUUGAGCUAGGAAACCUCACAUCUUGCAUCCCAGUCUACAAAGGUGCAGAUUAUCCUCUUCUCAACACACCUUCACUGUUUCAGUCGUGGCAGUAUAUCCACGGCGCGUUGCCCUGGCAGGGUGUCUUCGCACCCGAGAACCUCACAGCACAGGCGGCAGGAUUCGAUCCAACCUCCGGAGAUCCCAAUACUAUCAAUCCUGUGGCAUUUGUUGGCGGCACCGUGCCAGACCAGUCUCUGUUAGCUGGCUACCAAGCAGCAAUAUUCAUGAUUGAAAGUGUUCGGAAAUAUCCCAGUCAAGUCUCCAUAUACUCAGCAGGCGCUCUCACCAACAUUGCGCUCGCUAUUCGUCUCGACCCGACAUUCGCGCAGAACGCAAAGGAACUGGUCGUGAUGGGCGGCUACAUCGACACAACCCUUCUCCAGGCCACAGGCGACUUCCUCCAAGCCGACAUCAAUUCAGACAUCAACCUCAAGAUCGACCCUGAAAGUUCCAAGAUCGCCCUAACAGCCGACUGGAGGAACGUCACGCUCGUAAGCGCAGCCGCAAACAAUGUGUUCAUCAACGCAACAGACUACGCUGAGAUUAGUUCCGUCAACAAUACAUACACGCAAGCUUUUGUCUCGAAAUACUUCCCGGUUCUUCCGGCAUGGGACGCAACUGCCAUGGCUGUUCUUUUGGACCGCGAAAACGUCCUGACGAACUCGACGGAAUUCUUUGUCGACGUUGAUGUGGCGUGGUUCUCACCUUAUUAUGGUGAGAUCAGAGCGUAUCAGCAGAUCCUGGCGCCCAUGGGUCAGCAGUUGAGAAAUGUGUCGUAUGCGUUUAGUGUUGAUGAGGAUAGGGUGAAGAGCAUGAUGAAGCAGGCUAUGAUGCAGCCGCGGACAUGUGCGGAUGUAUGA